AUGAAUCCAUCAAAUAAAGAUGCCUGGCACUCUGCAGGAGGUGGGUCGCAACCCCAUCUAGGAGUUGACCAGAUGAACCAGCCCCCAAACCGACCCCUAGGAUCUUAUGGUGAGUAUUCUGUCCCACUUUGCCUGCUUUGGCGCGACAGAGAUGCACAGUUGCAGCAUCAUAACCCAGAGCUCCAGUCAUCCGGGCAUACUCUCCCUACCCUAUCAGACAUAACCCAAGGCACUGGCGCCCCACCAGCGUCACACCAACCACCCCCCAGAUAUGGCCAACACCAACAACCGUCCCAUCCUCCGGGUCCUCCGGGUCCUCCGGGGCAUCCCCUUCCUGGGAUUGGUCAGUCCAUGCAACAUUCGCCCCAACAGCCUUCUAUGAAUCGGGAUCGCGAAAGAGAUUCGCGAGAGCGAGAUCGUGAGCUGGAACUUGAACGACAGAGGGAAAUGGUUCGUGAGGAGGAAAUGAUACAAAGAGAGCGCGAAUACCGGGAACGGGAACGAGAUCGAGAUCGAGAUCGGGACCUCAUGGACCGGUAUAAUCGCGAACAGCCACAUCAUCCUGUUCAAAGCCAUACCGGCCCGAUUCCCAUUCACCAACCUGUCGCGUCGAAAGGUCACAACCCGCUAGGCGGACCCAAUGGCCUCCUUUCUAAUAUGAGUUCAAACGCCUCUAAUAACCCCCCACAAGGAACUAUGCCCAGUUCGAAUGGGUCUGGACCUCUGUUUGGGAACCAGAUGCAACACGCAGAUGGACCUCCACGAACAUACCUCCACCAGGGCCAACCCUCUCAACAAUCAAUGCUUGGGUUCAACGGUUCUGCACCUCCCCAGAUAUCUGGAAGUGUUGCUGCUUUAGCGCAAGGACAACAACCAAUAUUAAAUGAUGCGUUAAGUUACCUUGACCAGGUUAAAGUUAGGUUUGUUGAACAGCCUGAUGUCUAUAACCGAUUCCUCGAUAUCAUGAAAGAUUUCAAAAGCCAAGCAAUCGACACUCCUGGUGUUAUCCAACGAGUUUCAACGCUUUUUAACGGCCAUCCCGCACUUAUUCAGGGUUUUAAUACCUUCCUGCCACCAGGAUAUCGCAUCGAAUGCGGCACCGAGGAUAACCCAGAUACAAUCCGAGUGACAACUCCGUCCGGCACAAAUACCAUUUCAAUGCAGUCAGCAGUGCGGCCAUCUCUAGAAGCAACAGGUGACGCCGCGCCCCCAGGUGGUCCUGUGCCUCCCGGAACAACGGACUACUACGACCAGUCUCGCGCAGGAUGGCAACAACAACCCGCGCAAGGCCAACAGCCUCAGCCAGUUUCGAGAAUGAACUUAGGCCCCGGUCCAUAUUCCCCUAAAAGCCAUAUAAUGCCGUCUGGUAUUUACGGCGGAAAGCAAGGGGUACAAAAUCAGCCACAGGAGCCCGGUUAUGAGUAUUCAGGUCAGCAGGAUCAGCAGGCGUCAAGCAACGCUGCGACUAUAGCGCAUCAGCAGGAACAACGAGGUGUUUCUCAGUUGCAGAGCGCAGUUUCGGCUGCAACGGCGACAUCUGGUCGGUCAUCAGUGUUAAAUAUGGGCAGCAUGCAGACUCCUGGACCAAACCAGCCUAUUAAUAGCCUUGCUGGUUUGGGAUCUGGUGUGCUACAGGGUGUGCAAGGGGAUAUGAGUAAACGUGGACCGGUUGAGUUUAACCAUGCCAUCAGUUACGUUAAUAAGAUCAAGAACCGCUUUGCCGAUUCUCCCGAUACCUAUAAACAGUUCCUCGAAAUCCUCCAAACAUAUCAACGAGAGUCAAAGCCAAUCCAAGACGUAUACGCCCAAGUUACAAUCCUUUUUAAUUCCGCACCGGACCUUCUCGAAGAUUUCAAGCAGUUUCUCCCCGAAUCUGCCGCCCAGGCAAAAGCACAAGCAGCAGCUCGCCAGUCAGCGGAAGAAGCUACACCCAUCAGUAAUAUACGGGGAGAGCCCGGAUAUGCAAAUUCUUCCGCGCUGCUCCAGACUCAAAACCGCGAUGUCAAGAUGCCUCCUCUUGGCCAGUUUAACGUGAAGGAACCUGCAAAGGAUAUUAAGAAGCGACGUAGCCAGCCCCCUGCUCAGGGUCCGGGAAGUGCCGGUUUGGGAGGGCCAUCAAAUGUGCCUGCAGAUACUGCUAGCAUUGCAAGCACCCAGGCAAAUAGAGCUCCGGGUACACAGCCUGGAGCUCCUGGAAAAAGAGCAAAAUUGACCCACAAACCGACCACUCAAGCUGAAGCUCCCCCAGCCGUUUCUCCAACACUUGUUCCCGCUCUGCCCGAACCGAUUCCUCCCACAUUUUCACUUACCCCAUCUCAUGAAGAGUAUGCAUUCUUUGAUCGCGUUAAAAAGUUUAUCGGGAACAAACAAACCUUUGGUGAAUUCCUGAAGCUAUGUAACCUCUAUUCGGCGGACCUGAUCGACAGAAAUAUCCUCAUCAACAGGGCAGCUAGUUUUAUCGGGGGCAACCAGGAAAUUAUGUCAUGGUUUAAGAGAUUCAUGCAUGUUGAGCCUAAAGAUGAGAUCAUUGAACCAAAAGCCAAGCCUGACUCGGGAAUUGUCAAUUUGUCUCAUUGCCGAGCUCUUGGUCCCAGCUAUCGACUGCUGCCCAAACGAGAACGUCAAAAGCCAUGUAGCGGACGUGAUGAUAUGUGCCAAAGCGUUCUCAAUGAUGAGUGGGCCUCCCACCCAACCUGGGCAUCGGAGGAUUCUGGGUUUGUCGCUCAUCGGAAAAACCAGUUCGAAGACACACUUCAUCGUAUCGAGGAGGAUAGACAUGACUACGAUCAUCAUAUUGAAGCAUGUAUUCGUACCAUCCAGCUUAUGGAGCCUCUUGUUCAGCAAAUGGCGACAAUGACUGAUGCUGAAAGGGCUAGUUUCAAACUACCACCUGGACUUGGAGGUCAGAGCGAAACUAUCUACAAGAGGGUCAUUAAGAAGAUCUAUGAUAGGGAACGUGGCCAGAAAGUUAUCGACGAGAUGUUUCUGCGACCAUGCAUGGUUAUGCCCAUUGUUCUUGCCCGGCUGAAACAGAAAUGCGAAGAAUGGAAAGCCUGUCAACGUGAAUGGGACAAAGUGUGGCGCGAACAAAUGCAGAAAGGUUUCUGGAGAAGUCUUGACCACCAGGCUAUCAUCAUGAAAGGCUCCGACAAAAAGCUGUUUGUAGCGAAACACAUCCAGCACGAAAUCCAGGCUAAGUUUGAAGAGCUCCGAAAUAUUCGUAAGAGCGGAUAUCAAGUGUCAAACUAUCAAUUCGAUUUCGUCUUCGAGGACUCAGAAGUUCUGGUGGAUGCAACUCACCUCUUGCUGUGCUACAUCGACCACAACUCUGCUGGCUUUGGGGCAGAUCCCAAUAAAGUCAUCAACUUCCUCAAAGAUUUUAUUCCCGUAUUUUUUGGCAUGGACCGUGAGGGCUUCAAAACAUAUCUCAACGAAGUUUACGAUACAACACCAGCCAGUGAGGAAGCAGAUGAUGAAAGUCUGUCCCCUGAAGAUAUUGCCUCCCUUCGUUCACGGAGAAUCGCAAAUGGCAAAAGGUUGGACCUUCUGCGUGAUGUUCUAGAGCGCCGCAAUGAAAAGACUCCUCGUAUUGACAGAGAUGUCAGUGUGCGUUCGGGCAGCAGAGCCUCCACUCCCGGCAUCGGAACUCUUGUUCCAUCCACGCCAAUUCCGGAUCCAACUGAGCCAUUUGAUGUUGCCGAAUUGAAAUGGAUGGAACAUCCGAGCCAAGGCAACUUCAACCAGCAGCGUGAAAUUCCAUUGAAUGAAUCAUACAAGAAGAAGGUCCAUCAUCUUUACUGCAACCUUAAUAUCUACUGCUUUAUUCGCACUUUUGAAAUCUUCUACAGCCGCCUUCUCCGAAUCAAAUUACACGAGAAAGACGCCCAUGAAGCUGUCCGCAGAGCACUGGCCUCCAAGGCUGCCUACGAUCUUGGAAUGAUCGACAAGUCUCCCUCAGAUCUCCUUUAUGAUACGGACCCAAAGUCCAAUUUAUACCAUCAGAUCGUUCGCAUGUGUGAGGAAGUGAUUAAGGGGAAUAUUGAUAUGACACAUAUGGAGGAAACGCUUCGUCGGUUUUACCUGAAGACUGGCUGGCAGUUGUACCACUUGGACAAAAUCCUGGGUGGAAUUUCUCGAUAUGCCGGUGGGAUUUUCAAUACAGAUCCCAAGGACAAGAGUUCGGAUAUUAUCAAUAUUUUCUUCAAGGAGCGUGACAAGGACACGACAACACACAACCAGGAGAUUCAAUAUCGAAAACAAAUUGAGAAGUUAAUUAAAGAAGGAGACAUCUACCGUAUUACCUUCGUCCCUGCUACUAAGCACGUGAUGGCACAGCUGCUGACUGCUGAGGACGGCACUCUUGACAACGAGGAGCUCAACGCGGAAGCCAGAUGGUCAUACUAUGUCUCUGCAUUCACUAUGCGUGAUCCGACUGAGGGUGUCCCGUUUUCGCAGAUGCGUAUGCCUUUCUUAAAACGAAACCUUCCUGGCAAAAUGGAUUCGGAUGAAGAAUACAACCUGUAUUAUAAGCCGCUAGUCAACCACGAUGGAUUGGUCAUCCGCAUCUGUGCCAACAGUUAUCAUAUCCUCUACGAGCCCGGCACGGAAGAUUGGUGGUACCGUCGGCCUACUGGGGAUGAGGAUCCUGCUGAGGCUGCUAGAGAGCGUGCUGCCGUUAGAGAAAAGCGCAAAGAACGGUUUACGGAGAAGUUUGUCAACAACCCAAGCUGGACUUGUGAGCUUAGCAAGGAUGAAGUAGAACAGGCAAACCGGCAAUUCCGAUCAUGGGUUGGCGAGACGGAGACAAAAACCGUGACAGCGUUGAGUGCGGAGGAUAAUCACAAAGUUGAAGAUGCUGCGAUGGCUGAAGGUGACCAAAAGCCAGAUGAAGAAAUGACCGAUGCAGUACGAGCUGCAGCAUCUUAA